AUGGUCAACAGUAUCAAAAGCCGAGGAAAAGUCAAGAGCAAGAAGAAGAAAAAUUCUUUAAGUAAAUUAGAAGGAAGUAGAUCUAGAGAACAGGUUGUGGACGACAUAGAAUUAAUAAUUUUAGUUAGUUCUAAAAGAUUUAUUGGAGUAAAUACAGAAAAAGAUUCAGCAAGAUGUAGAAAGGAAUACAAAAAAAGUAGAGAGAUUCAGCGAGUGAGUAUAAUUCAUCUAAAAAUAAAGUUUUGCAAGGGACGUAAAGGUUUAAAAAUGCACCAACGCUCAUGUGCCAUUCAUAAGAGACUCAAACUGUCAGUGGAAAUAGAGAACGGCAAUGAAACGGCAAAUUCAGCUUCAAAAUUGGACUCGACGCCGCCAGAGGACAAGCAACAGUCGCAUUCAAAGAACGCCACGCAACAGUUUCCCUCAACAAACGCCACACAUCAACCUUCUUCAAAUAGCACCUUGCAACAACUUCUUCCAAAUAGCGUCAUGCAACAGUUCUCUCCAACAAACGCCACGGAACAAAUUUCUUCAACAAACGCCAUGCAACAUCAUUCUUCAAAUAACGCUGCACAACAAGUUCCUCUAACAAACGACAUGCAACAACCUUCUCCAUCAAACAACAUGCAAGAAUUUUCUCCAACAAACGCCUUACUGCAAUCUCAAUCAACAAAAGUCAUUCAACAACUUCCCUCAACAAACGCCAUACAACGAUUCUCUCCAACAAAUGCCAUGCAGCAACCUUCUCUGGCAAACACCAUGCAACAAUUCUCCUCAACAAACGCCUCGCAGGAGUCUCCGCCAACAAAGCCACUUAAAACGGACAAUUGGGCACCAAGUUCAGACAAAACCGCAAUGCCGCUCGCAGGAGUCAUACUCCCGAAAAGCCACGCUCAAUGGUUAGAAGCCAACACCUACUUCCAACUACAACGACACACUCUACCGAACUUCGACAAUCUAAACAACUUCACUGUUGCAUUUCAGACCAUGAUAUACAACUACUUCGCAAAAAAUUAUGGUACAAUCAAGCAUAAAGUGGAAUCUGACGUCAAUAAUAACCAUCAAAUUAGAUUAUUAAAAAAAGAAUUGAAGCACCUCAAGCAGCUGGGCCACGACAAUCAUCAUUUUGAUGCCAAAAUAGGACUGGUGAGUAAACUGCUGCGAUCGAAAUUGGCAUUGAAACAAUCGGCUAACGCAAAAAAAACAAGAUACAAAAUCCCAGCUGAGACAUCGAUUCUGGUGGUAUUGCAAAAAAUUAUUCACACCAGCUGA